AUCUGACGGAUCUUUCGAUUCUAGGUUAUUCACGUGGCAUCUCGAAGUAUGUUUUCUUUUGUACGAGGUCAAUCUACUCGAAGUUGGGCUCCGACCUAUACGAAGAUUACUUCGUUGUGGACUGCGUAAUUCUUGAUUGAACGUGGUUAAUUUUAAAUUUGAGUGAAGAAAGGUGAAAGAAAAAUAUGGAGGGGAAAGCUGGAGAACCUCGCCCGCGCUCUGCGAGGAAAUCGAAUGAUGAGCGGCGAAGAACGCAUGCGAGGCCUUCCUCUCCGGAAAUCGAUUUGUCACUCACGCACGGGGAAGAAGAAGAGGAGUUCGAGAUGGAAGAGGGUGGCCAGAUGAUUGAAGGAGUUUAUGUCCCACCACCGUCGAAGCCAGCACUUACUUUGAAACCUGAUGGACCCCGUCUGAUGAUCACGUCGGUGCACAGUGAAAACUUCAGAAGUUACGGAGGAGUUCAUCAUUUGGGUCCCUUGCAUCAUAACUUCACGUCAGUCGUCGGCCCGAAUGGGAGCGGGAAAAGUAACUUUUUGGACUCCAUCCUCUUUGUUUUCGGAGUCAAAGCGAGUCGUAUCCGGUGCAAAAAGGUCGGCGAUCUGGUGCACAGGUCUGACCAGCUGAAGAGCGUGAAUUCCUGCAAGGUCACCGUCUGCUUUUCCAAAAUCAUGGAUCGCCCUGACGGUGGCUUCGACGUGUGCGAAGGCUCCGAAUUCAACGUUUCUCGAACUGCGUAUCGCGACUGCAGUUCGUACUACGAAUUGAACGGCAAACGUUGCUCCUACAAGGAAAUUACCUCGUUUUUGAUGAACGAGAACAUUGAUCUCGCGCAUAACCGCUUCCUCAUUCUACAGGGAGAAAUCGAGAAGAUUUCGUUGAUGAAACCAAAAGCUGCGACUGAGCACGAGUCAGGAUUACUUGAAUAUCUUGAAGAUGUGAUUGGCACCUGCCGGUACAAGAAACCUUUGAAAGAAUUGGGCGAGAAGUUGGUAGUUGUUGAGCAAGAGACCGACUUGCGACUGACACAAGUGAAGAACAAGGAGAAGGAGAUGAGUGUGUUGAAAGAGCCCAUGAGGAAGGCGUUGAAUUACCUCCACAAACACAAUGAAAUGACGGAGACGCAGAACGUGCUCUACCAGUUCGAGUUGCGGGAAGUGAACCGCAAAAUCGAGGAUGUUGAGCAAAAGAAAACCGCAGUGGAAACUGAGUCCGCGGAAUUACGUCAGAACGCCGCAGAUGCCAAGAAGGCGGUUGAAGGAAUUCGUAAGGAACUGCUUGAUCAAGAAAAGAAAAUCUCGGCUCACUUGGAAAAAACUGACAAGGCGAAAGAAUUUUUCCAUGCGGCGGAAGGCGAAGAUCAUCGAGUGCAGCAGCAAGGCAAAGAAAUCGCGGAAAAGUUGAAAGCAACUGGAAAGGGGCUGGAUAAGCUCGAGAAAAAUUUGGUUGAAUUGCGGGAGAAGCCGGCUUUGGACGAAGCCGCUGUAAAGGACCUUGAGGAGAAAAUCGAAAAGGCUAAGGAGGAUGUUGAACCGAUGCGAGCCGAGCUCGUGGUUGUGAGCAAAGCGAUGGAAGCCGAAUCCGCCAAUUACAAGGCGGAACGAGAUAAGUUGGACGCCGAGCUCAGUGCUCCCAGGGAUGCUUAUCAACAGUGCAAAUACGCUAUGGACAUUGCGGCGGAAAAGCUGAACGCGUUCGUGUUGCACGACGAGAACGAGAAGCAGAAGUUGGAGAAAUGCAAAUCUGAAAUCGAGAACACAAAAACCAAGCUGGCCGAAACAACUGAUCACUUACGACAAACUCAGGAUCUUUUGAAAUCAAAAUCCCAUCGGCUUCCGGAAUGCGACGCAGAGCGCAGCGAACUAAUGGAUAAAGAAGAAGAAGCUGCGAAAGAAUUGAGAGGUCUCCAAGACUUGGUGAUUGAGAAGAAAAAGUCCAUGAAACAGUUGCAACGCGGAAGUGCAGCGUUGCAGGCUUUGAUGAAAGAGAAGGAUUCGGGCCGGAUUCCCGGCAUUCUCGGUCGUAUGGGUGAUUUGGGUGCUAUCGACAAGAAAUUCGACAUUGCGAUCGCAACCGCCUGCAGCCACCUGGACUACAUUCUCGUGGACACGACGGAAACUGGACGCAAGUGCAUCGACUUCAUUAAACAAAAGAGUCUUCCUCGGACGAACUUCCUGGCUUUGGACAAGCAGGUCAAAUUCGCGCACCAGAAGCAGAGACCGAUUGACCUCAACAACGACGCGCCGAGGGUCUUUGAUUUGAUCCAAGUGAAGGACACACGAGUCCUGCCUGCGUUUUAUUUCAGCUUGCAGGAGACCCUCGUGGUUGAUAGGUUGGACAGGGCUUCGGAAUUGGCAUACGGUUCGCCGAGGUAUCGCGUAGUCACCACCAGGGGUGACUUGAUUGAAUUAUCAGGUACGAUGUCUGGCGGUGGUCGUCCCCCGAUGGGUGGCAAAAUGGGACAGCAGGUGAUGGUUGACUCACACGCCCGUGCGGAUCGUUCACUGGGAAGUGUUGAGACUAUGGAACAAAAAAUCUUCGAGCUGCAAAACAAAUUGAACGAUAUCCGAACUAGUCUUCGCCAAGUUAAUGCUGAGCACGACACUCUAACCAAGGAGAUUCCGAAGCUGGAAAUGGCCGCACACAAGCUGAAAACGGACAUAGAGUCAGCGAAAAUCCUGCUGCCAACUUUGACGCGUCAACUAGCCCAGCAAACGCAGAAAGUGAAAGAAACUACCGUCGACGCUGCGAUGUUGAAGACGCUACAGAGUGACGUGGAUGGCAAGAAGAAAGAAUUUGACAAGGCUGAAGCGAAGAAGAACGAAGUAGAGCAGAAGGUGAAGGCAGCUAUAGCGAAGCUGGAGAACAAGACUUACGGUCGCGACAAGGAACUUCGCGAAGCCAUCAACAAACUCGAAAAAUCUCGAGCGAAAAUGGAGGCUCAGAUUAGAAGCAUACGUUCAGCGGCGGCCAUUGGAAAAAAAAAAUUGAUCAAGAUGGAGCAAGAGUUGGAAGAGAUGUCACAGAGGAAAGUUUCGUUGAAAGAAGAAGCGGAGCGAGUGAAACAGCUGAGAGCUGAUGUUGAAAAGAAAGCAGGCCUGGCGUUGAAUGAGUAUGAAACGUUGAAAAAUGGAAAUGGGGAACUCCUCAAGGUGAAGGAUGAAAUCAGCGAGCGGUGCAAACAAGCUGAGCAAAAGCACGUCGAAAUGGAAAAGCAGCUCGUUGAGAUUGGCGUGACGAUCGGGAAACUCAUGGAUGAACUUCAUGCUUUGGAGCCACGAAAAAGAGAUUGCGAUAAACGCUUGAAAAAGCUGAAACUGUACAAGAUUCCAGACGAUACCGAGGAGGGAGAACCGGAACUUCGAACUUAUAAUGAAGACGAACUUCAGUCGUAUGACUUUCAUCAACUGCAGAAGGACGUCAAGAAAAUGGAAGAAUCCUUGCGAAAUGAAAAGCCGAAUCUCCAAGUGCUAGAGAAUCAUGCAACUCUGAAAGGACAAUUUGUGAAGUUGGUUGAUGAGUUUGACAAGGCCCAAGAGCGGAAUCGAUGCAUGCGUGACGCGGUGGAGCUGAUGAGGACGAGAAGAACGAACGAGUUUAUGGCAGGGUUUCAGGUCAUUACCCAGAAGCUUUCAGAAACGUACUACCUCAUAACUCUUGGCGGAGCUGCAGAGUUGGAGCUUGUCGACUCCAUGGAUCCCUUUACGGAAGGCGUAAAUUUCACUGUGAGGCCCCCGAAGAAAACGUGGAAGAAUAUCACGCAGCUGUCGGGUGGUGAAAAGACGCUAAGUUCUUUGGCUCUGGUUUUUGCGUUGCAUUAUUAUCGUCCUACUCCGUUCUACGUAUUGGACGAGAUCGAUGCGGCAUUGGACUUCAAGAAUGUUUCCAUCGUCGCGACGUACAUCAAGGACGAGACGAAGAACGCUCAAUUCCUCGUGAUCUCUCAUCGAUCUCAAAUGUUCGAAGUCGCCAACCGGAUGCUGGGGUUAUACAAGGUCAACAACGUCACCGGCGUCGUCAUAAUCGACCCAGAACUCGUCUUCCAACGCGCCACUGCCAUUCGACACUCUGCCGAACGAAAGGCCCUGUCGCAAGAAACUGGCAAACGUUCGAGUCAACACGACGCCGGAAGAGAAUUGCAAGAUGCGGAGAAUGAAGGGGAUUCGUCAGCCAGAGGCUUGAAGCGAAGUCGGACAGCAGAAGAACAUCCGCAGGUCUCAUCAAAACGCAGCGUGGUUUCGAACGAAUGAGAGGAAAUCUCACCGAAUGGAAAGUCAUCUUUUGAGAAGUUUCCGUGUAUUUUUGUUCCUUUUUUUUUUUAAAUUGUGGUGCAUCCGACAAGAAUCAACCCGAUUUGCGAAGAGAUACAGUAUCAGCAUUCCUUCAUGGUUGUUGAAGUGCAUUUGCUCAAAAGGGCAUUUUUUGACCUCCCCUCUGAAAUGAUGUUGAGUUGAGAGAAAAUACCAGACGAAGAAAAUUUCUGCAACAGUAAUUUUUUUGUUCACCUCUUGGUUUUGCAGUAAAUGUAUUCUACGCUAAAAAGUGUGGCAGCGUCUCUUCAGUUUUGCAUAUACAUUUUUAUGUGAUGCAGAUACUAUAGUUUAUUUCGUUUCUUGGCACAUUGGUGUUCUCAAACUGGGUUUGUUUUGCCAUGUGUAAUACAGUUAUUCUAAUUUCUGCAUUUUUUUUUUUACAAUGGCCGACUUUGUAAUGUUUCCCAGUUGCAACCGGUCUUGCUGUGACAGUUUCUGUUUUACUUUUGAAGAAAUCAAAUAGAUGAUGCGUGCGGAGGUCCAAAAGUUCGAGCGAUGGCGUUAUUACUUAUUAUAUUCUCAUUUUACAGAAGAUUCACGAUGAGCCCGACAGAACGCGGCUUGUGCUCUCAGAUUAAGUUAAUUUCCAGGUGCCACCUUUCAAUCAUUACACAUUGUCUUAAUUUUCAAGUAAAAUAAUUAGUAAUUCUUAAAUUUUUUCUGAUCGAAGGACAUUUUAACGGACGCUUGAAAAAAAAUCGUCGAUUGGUGGCAAUUAUGUUGAGAUGUUUCAAAUUUUUACAGUAAUAUCAAACUUCCUUGUUGUGCUGAAUUAUUGUAGGUUUAUUUUAGCUUAGCUCCAUCUUUUUCAACUUUUGAAGCUCCCCGCGUAUUUCCCAUUGUAGUGAUGCGCUUUUUCAAUUCGUUUUUCCGUGUCGACAUUUUCUGAUGAAUAUUUUGUUCUUUUUGCUGUUUCUAUGCAUGGAUCGGUUCCUACUUCACCACUUUGUUUGCUCUGUUUCAAUGCUCUCGUGUUAAACUUCAAUCUUUCCUCUGAAAAAAUGUUUGGACCUAAUCAAGAAGAGAAUUUUCUUGGGUGACGGAAGCUUUUCAAUUUUUUGAUCAGAAAGUGAAGUUUUGCAUUUAUUUUCGUCGUCUUAUUGUGCCCUAAAUAAGUAUUCCGAUUAUUUUCAAAGUAAAAAGAGGAAAUUAAUUAUAUAUCAAGUACGCUGAUUCGUGACGUCAUCUUAUAAAGUCCCAAUUAGUCUGAUGAUGAAUCUAGAGGAAAUAAUCUUUUGAUGACGAAUCUGAAGAAAACUUCGAGAUUUCCUUAUAUGCUGAGAAAUCUCCCAAUGUUAGUAAGGAGUAUUUUAAAAUCUUUGGACCUGUCAAAUAUUCUAGUAUUUCUUUCAAAACCGCGAUUGUUAUCAGUGUGAGAACAAACGUCAUGGUUCGAAAAUCGAACCAACUUUCGGAUACAAAAAACAUCGCAAUGUUAUAAGCCUGCGGAUUGCGAGCGAUUUUUGAAUGCGUCUCAAUAAUCGUUUCUCCCGGGGAAUCGAAUUUAUUUUACAGUUUUUAUGCUUUGCAUACUGUAUAUAUUUUUUGCAUUGUUUUUGUACGUGCUUUUGCUGAUUGUGUGUGUGUGUGUGUGUUGUUUUUUUUAGCGUUUCUGUAGUACAAACAAUUUUUCUUA